CACGUAGACUGUAUCCAACACCAAAUUUAUGAAAAUGCCUCGUUUUUCAAAUAUUUAGUCUAAACUAAUGUUCACAGUCUACUCGUGCUUCCAUUACAUUGUGAGACUGAAGAGAGGUUUGGGCACAUUUGGGAGUGGCCAGCUGCGAGUUUGUGAAAGCGACAGCUGAGCUCUCUCCCAAAAUAGUUUGCAUGGACGGUAUUUCAGGGCAGUUUCUACCCAGGAAACACAAUGGAUACAAUCCCUCCUGUAACACAGCAGAUCGGAAGAAAUCCGCAUGAAAACCGAUGCAAGUCAGUUGAUAUCGACGUCUCAGACGUACAAGACUGCAAUGUUUUUGAUCGACAGGGAAAUCGACUUUCUUUUAGAUCUUUGUAUCAGGAAAAGAAAGCCAUCAUUGUUUUGGUUAGGCAUUUCUUGUGCUACACUUGCAAAGAAUAUGUGGAAGAUCUGGCUAAAAUACCCAAGAGUUUCCUAUCACAUGCUGACGCUAGAUUGAUUGUUAUUGGACAAUCUGCGCACCAUCAUAUUGAUGCCUUUUGCCAACUGACCGGGUAUCCACAUGAAAUGUACGUUGACCCUGAAAAAGAAGUAUAUAGAAAGCUUGGAAUGAAUAGAGGGGAUACAUUUAUAAAAGCAGCAGGUCAUAGUCUUCAUGUGAAAUCAAAUAUGUUUACUGGAAGUGUGAAAAGCAUAUGGCGAGCAAUGACCAGCACUGCAUUUGAUUUUCAAGGGGACCCAAAUCAGCAAGGAGGAGCUUUGAUUAUAGGACCUGGUGCUGAAGUUCACUUUGCUCAUUUCGACGUGAACAGGCUUGAUCACAUGCCAAUAAACUGGCUUUUGGAGCAGGCAGGAGUACAAACAGUGGAUUUUACAGAUCAGCCCAUCAUUCAUGUCUAAAACCUGGACAGAAAUGUAGUCAAAUGGAAUUGCUUGUGAUAAGGAAAAAAGGGGGAUGUGUAAGACUGUGUAAUUUAAGUUAUGUUUUUCAAUCCCAGAACCUGCUUUUGCGAGGUUCCUGAUGCUUUGCGAUAGGUACAUUAUAAUUGGUCUUUUCUUAUUUGAACCCUUUGAAACAUUUACCAUAGUAAAAGCAUAGUAAAGUGCAAUGAAGCACAGUAAAAGCAUGGUAAAGCCCAGAGAGGUGUUAAGGCAUAUUUAAAACCACGGGAGACUGUAGUAAAUGGGGAAAAAUAUGGAAAAAACAUAGGAAACCUGCAAAGUUACAGUGCAACAUUACUGUGGUAAAUUUUAUAAGGAAACUGAUAUAUACAACACUUUAAAGUGUAGUAAAAACAUGCACUACUAUUUGUGAGGAUGUACAAAAAAAGCAAAACACUUUUGUGUUAUUGUUUAUCGUUGAUUUCUGCCACAACCUAAUUACAAUAAGAGAAUGGCAAUGUUUUUCUUAAAGGGACAGUCAAAUCAGAAUUUCCUGGACACUCUGAGCUGGUAUUAUACUGUAUCCUAGUAAUUCCCAUAAUCCCCUUUUUUCUUUUUUUCUUUUAAUCCAGUAGGAGUUGUUUGGGGAAAUAUCAGAAGAAGGUAGAAAUAAUUUAGGGAAAUCCAUUAGUAAGGUAGCUGUGUGUGUGAAAAAAUACAUGGAGGCACUAUGAAUACUAUAGAUGUUUGUUCAAACUAAUGAGAACGCUGACUAAAAGUUAUAAAUGCUUAUGUAUAUUUAGUAAAAGCUGCCUAUACAUUUUUCUUUUAAUAUUUUAUAAUUUAAUGUCUGGUCUGAUGAAUUGGAUUACAGUACAUUCGUAACACAACUUUGUCUAACUCAUUCCUAAUGCCCUUCUUCAUCUGCUCAAAAAAAAGCAGCAGAUACAAAACCAAUAUAUCACACAAUGGCGGGGCUCCCGAGUGGCGCAUCCAGUAAAGGCGCUCUGCGCAGGAUGUGCCCUAUAGCCUGGAGAUCGCAGGUUCGAAUCCAGGCUAUGUCACAGCUGACCGUGACCGGGAGUUCCUAGGGGGCGGCGCACAAUUGGCUGAGCGCUGCCCGGGUAGGGAGGGCUUAGGUCGGCAGGGGAAUCCACGGACCACCGCGCAUCAGCGACCCCUGUGGCCGAUAGGGCGCCUGUGGCUCUGCAGCGGAGCCGCCAGAUCUGUGUUGUCCUCCGGCACUAUAGGUCUGGUGUCAUUGCUGUGGAUCUGCAGUGCGAAAAAUGACGGCUUGGCAGGAGCACGUUUCGGAGGACGCGUGUUCCAGCCUCCAUUUCCCGAGUCGGCGCGGGGGUUGUGAGCGGUGAGCCGGGGAUACAGAUAAUAAUUGGGCAUGCUAAAUUGGGGUGAAAAAUCGGGGUAAAAUAAUUGGCGACGACUAAAUUAAAAAAAAAAAAAAAAAAAAAAAACAUAUCACACAAUGAUAGUUUAUUCAUACUUGGAAGUUCACUCCCCUAUCACAGCGAUUAACCCUCUCAUUUCCAAAAUGACUUACAAUAAAAAAUACAACAAAAUAGUACAAUAAUUUUACUGGCUAGAUCUAAUAAUUAUUAUACAAUGGUUAAAAAAGCACAACCAAUGAUUUGGCUCUUAUUUAAUUAGAAUCAGGAAAAUUCCAGUUCGAUUUCAAUAUAUCACAAGCCAUUUUAUAAGUGCAAUAACACACCUGAAGGCAUGGGUGGUACUGAUACAACCCACUUCUCAGGUAGUUUAAGACACCUUUUACAGUUGUUAUAUUUCCUUUAUGGUCCAUCUUAAUAGGCCUUUUGUCAACUGACCGGGUAUCCACAUGUGUGUUAUUGCUUACCUAUUAACAGGUCUAAGAAUAUCAUUUUUUUUACAACUGAGUGUAUUACUUCAGCCAAUGUAUGCUGAAAAGCAGUAUACUGUACAUACUGUAUUAUUAAAUAAGAAAAUAAAGUGCAUUUCACUGCCAAAGAAGAUGCAGUUUGUCUGAGGAUGGUUUUAAUUAGGAAUGCAAUUCAGGAUUGCUUACUGCGCCUAACAGUUUGAUAUGUGAGAUGAUUUAGACAUUGUGACAUUUGCCUUUGCCUGCAUUCAAAUACAGAACAUAUCAAUUGCUGCCCUGCAAUUUGCCCAGUUGCAAACUUGAAAAGAGUGCAGAGUCUCGGUUAAUUGUAACCUUGGUUACUGAGUGUGCUGUUGUUCUUCAUAACAUUUGUUUUCACACAAAGCUAAAAUGACUCUUUAGGUAAAAGCACAAAACAGAACUCUUCUUUCUGCGGUAACAUAGUGCCACUGCUUUCUACCUAAUAAGAAACGAAUUAUGUUUCUACUGUAUCACUUGUGAAAUUAUGCAUUUAGUCUGUAAAACUGUACUGAUCCAAAUCAGCACUCCCACACUGUAUUUCAUUGAAAUGGUACAGACUGAAUUGCAAUUUAAAUACUGUAUCUGUCAGUUUUAAUGUUGUUUAAUGUGAUCAUAUGAAACUGUUAUUCAACUGCAAACAUUUUUGUUUUUAAUAUGUACUUAAAGUUGUAUUUAUUUAAAGAAAAAAGUUUGCUGGUACAAAAAUAAAUACCAGCAAAUAUUGCAACUUGGAA